ACCGAGUCAAAGAACCCUGACCCGCCAGUGAAAGAAGUUGAGACAAAAGAGAAUGUACAGUUCAUUGAAAAUGUCAAGAAACAACUUCCACCACGAAUGCCAAGAAGAAGAGUGAGAAUAAUGAAGUAA